UAAUAAGCGACGUGCGUGCGAGAAGUUUCUGUUUGUAAACACAAUUUAUUAAGUAUGUACCUACAUAUUAUUUAUUUAUUAAAGAUCAAUUUUGAUUUGCAGUAGAUAACUUUUUACUUCAUGUGAUUAAAGAUAAUAAAACCAGAUAAUGGAUUCGUUAAAUAAUAACAUUCCCGUUGAUAAUAGUUCGACACCGAAGCGAAGAAGGCUGGAUACAAGUCGAAUAUUGUGCUCCAAAGACAUCUCAAAACAUAGUCCGAUUCAUAGGCAGAUAUCGUCCACCAUGAUUAGUUCCUCGGGUAGAUGUGAAUCUCCCCCUUUGCCUUGCAACCAGAUAGAAUAUUUAAACGAAUCGGAAACCAAUUCCAGCAUUCCUUGCUCACCGGGUAUAUUAGAGUGCUCAAUACUAAAAGAUGUCGAGAACUGGGAAUCGUUAGUUUUAAGUAAUAUUCAUAAGAAGAAUAAAACACUACACACAAUCACAGAGGAAGAUUUAACAGAUGAUAUGUUUUGCUCUGAAUUAGAAGUACAAUCUAGUCAAAAUAAUCUUGUAACUUCAAACUGUGAAAAUCAUUUUAAGGGUGUAGAAGAUACUUUUGACAUGGUAAAUAAAUCGAUUUGUGAAAUAGACAAUAAUGACAAUAAAAGUUCUUGGAUCGACACUAAAGACUCAUUUUUGCUGGACAUCAAGGAAAGUGGCAUUUUGCCUCAAGAAAAACAGAGUAAAGCAAGUGAUAUAAUGAAAGCUAAAAGGACCAAUCAGAAAUUAUGUGAUGGCAGUACUUUUUAUGGGUUACCACAAGUGACGAAAAGUUUGUUUAAAACUUAUCGGAAUAUUGAAAAAUUCUAUGACUGGCAAGAAGAAUGUUUGAAUCUAGAUGCAAUCAAGGAGAGACGCAACCUCAUCUAUGCUUUGCCCACUAGCGGGGGUAAAACUCUGGUCGCCGAGGUGCUGAUGCUAAAUGAAGUACUCAACAGAAAACAAAAUGCCUUGUUUAUACUUCCUUUUGUUGCUAUUGUGCAGGAGAAGAUAUGGGCACUAUCUCCCUUUGCUGUGAAUCUGGACUUCUUGGUUGAGGAGUAUGCGGCAGGUAAAGGACACAUACCACCCAAAAAGAGGAGGAAGAAAAACAGCAUUUACAUAGCCACUAUUGAGAAAGGGCUAGCCCUAAUUCGAAGUCUAAUUGAGCUGGACCGCUUGCAUGAAAUUGGUCUAAUUGUAGUAGAUGAACUUCACUUAAUUGGAGAGCCAGGUCGGGGGGGAACAUUAGAAACACUAUUGACAACAGUGAUUUUUGCUAAUAAAGGCAUCCAAAUCGUGGGUAUGAGUGCAACGAUCGGAAAUCUACCUGAAGUGGCAAAGUUCCUUCGCGCUGAUGUGUUCCAACGCCAGUUCAGGCCGGUGGAGCUCACAGAGUAUGUGAAGCUUGGAGACAUGUUGUAUAAGAUCGUGUGGGGAGACGAAAUGGAACUAGUGCCUGAGCGACAGCUGGCUUAUGGCUACACGCCAGCAGCAACAGCGUUGGACCCGGAUUUGCUGGGGGGGCUUGUGUCGGAGGUGGUGCCGCAAGCGUCGUGCCUGGUGUUCUGCCCCACCAAGCGGAACUGCGAAAACGUCGCCGCGCUUUUGUGCAAGCUGCAGAGGAAGGAGAUGACGUCCCACCGCCUGCCGGAGCGGCAGACGCUCGCGGCGGCGCUGCGCGCGGCGGGCGGCUGCAGCAGCGCGCUGGCGCGCUGUGUGCGCUGCGGCGUGGGCUUCCACCACGCGGGGCUCGCCGCCGACGAGCGCGCCGCGCUCGAGGCCGCCUUCAGAGCGGGAGUGAUAUCAGUGUUGUGCUGCACGUCGACGCUGGCGGCGGGCGUGAACCUGCCCGCGCGGCGCGUGCUGGUGCGCGCGCCGCGCGUGGGCCGCGAGCGCGUGUCGCUCGCCGCCUACAGGCAGAUGGCGGGCCGCGCCGGCCGCGCGGGCGUCGCCGACGCCGGCGAAAGCAUAAUAAUCUGCAGCGAGCGCGACUGGCCCCCGCUCAAAGCGGUGUUGUCGGGGGGACUCGCGCCGGCGCAGAGCGCGCUGCGGCCGGCGCUGGCGGCGCUGCUGCUGAGCGCUGCGGCGCUGGGCCUGGCCCGCACCAGGGCUGCGGCGAAGGAAAUGCUGGCUUGCACAUUUCUAGCGCAGAGCUCAGAAGUUAAUCUGAAAGAGGUAUGCGACGACUCGCUCCGUUCUCUUCUCCAAUCCGGCGCUUUGGAAGUGGCGACCUCUAGCGGACUCAGCGAGUCUAAGACCGAGUGCGACACGUGCGUCGUGUACGACCAUUCGGAGUUGACUGUCAGUGAACUGGGACGAGCGGCGAUAAAAGGUGGUUUCGAGUUGGGGGUAGCGAAACAGUUGUUUCGGGACUUGCAGACGGCGUCCAGAGGGGUGGUGCUGAUGGGGAGCCUACACUUAUUGUACUUGGUCACCCCCCACGACGCAGGGGGGUUUAAACCAGACUACAGGCAUUACUACUCAUUGUACUGCAACUUGGACGAAGAGGGUUUACAAACAGCCAAGAUCCUGGGCAUCACUGAGAUGAACGCCAUUCGAAUGAUGACCGGAAAACCUAUCACUAAUGUGCCUGAAUCUGUGUUGAAUCGAUUCUAUUUGGCGCUAAUGCUACAUGACUUAUGGAAGCAGAUACCUUUCCACGAAGUUGCUGACAAAUACAACAUAUCCCGCGGCGCGGUGCAAUCGGUAAUGACAAGCGCUGCAGCGUUCGCGUCGAGCGCCGCGCGGCUGGCGGGCGCGCUGCCCGCGCUGUGGCCGUUCAGCGCCCUGCUGCAGGCGCUGGCGCCGCGGCUGCAGCACUGCGCCGCGCCCGACCUGCAGCAGCUGAUGGAGCUGCCCAAUGUUAAGAAGGCUCGCGCGUUGCAACUGAUGCGCGCAGGAUACAAGCGCAUAGAAGACCUGGCGAAGGCGAACGCAGACGAUCUCUCUUCUGCCAUCUCCCAUCUCACCCCAACUGCUGCUAGUCACCUCAUCAGUGCGGCCAGGAUGAUGUUAAUAGAAAAAGUGGAAAAUCUUCGCGCCGAGGCCGAGGAAGUGAUGGAAGAUCUCAAAAUUACGUAAACGAUAUUAUAAAUAACAAACGAAAUUUUAAUCUAGUGAAUUUAAUGGCCAAUGAAUUUAGGAUUUAAGCAGAGAUAUUUAAAUAUUUUGUUACAAUGAACUUGUGAAUAAGAAAAUAUUUUUAUAACAUU